AUGGCUUCUGUAAUUGCUCCAGAAUCUGAAGAAGAUGAGGAUAGAGUUGCAAUUUCGAGAAGGAGUAAGAGACAAGUUCAUUUUGAUGGCGAGGGCGAUGAUCGUGUAGAUCAACAGCAGCAUUCGAAUCAUAGGGAUAGGGAUAGGCAUACACAGCGUAAAAAGAAGAAAAGACUCUCGAAUAGGAACCUGCAAGGUUCUAAUGGUGGGUACGCUUGGGAAGAUGAGAUCAAGAGAAGUUGGGAUCUGGUAAAAGUGGACGAUGAAGGGGACAUGGCCUCUCUUGUGGCUAGCAUUGUAGAAGCCAGAAAGAAACGUACCGCUAAAAAGAAUAUAACUCCGUAUCAAAGAGGUAUUAUUAGAAGCUUGAUUUUAACUUUAGAUUGCAGUGAAGCUAUGUUGGAAAAAGAUCUGAGGCCAAGCAGGCAUGCAAUGAUUAUUCAGUAUGCUAUUGACUUCGUCCAUGAAUUUUUUGAUCAAAAUCCGAUAUCUCAAAUGGGUAUUAUCAUAAUGAGAAACGGCUUGGCACAGCUAGUCAGCCAAGUUAGUGGAAAUCCACAGGAUCAUGUCGAUGCGUUGAAGUCCAUCAGGAAACAAGAACCUAAAGGGAAUCCCUCUUUGCAAAACGCACUGGAAAUGGCAAGAGGCCUGUUACUACCUGUUCCUGCGCAUUGCACAAGAGAAGUACUGAUUGUGUUUGGUAGUCUUUCUACAACCGAUCCUGGCGAUAUUCAUCAAACUAUCGAUUCGCUAGUUUCUGAGAAAAUUAGAGUGAAGGUUUUGGGGUUAUCAGCACAGGUGGCCAUUUGUAAGGAGUUAUGUAAGGCAACAAAUUAUGGUGACGAAUCAUUCUAUAAGAUUUUACUUGAUGAAACCCACUUAAAGGAACUAUUCAAUGAGGCUGUUACCCCAUUACCAGUUAACAAGAUCAAUAAGGGGUUUACACUUGUAAAAAUGGGGUUUCCGACAAGAAUAUUCGAAGAUACUCCUACUUUUUGCUCAUGUCAUUCAAAACUAGUUUACGGCGGAUACUUUUGUCCGAAUUGUCACAGUAAAGUUUGUUCACUGCCCACAGUGUGUCCAUGUUGUGACUUGAUGUUAAUUCUGUCUACGCACUUAGCUAGGUCAUAUCACCAUCUAAUGCCGUUGAAAACAUUUGUCGAAGUACCCACAACAGAAGAUUUCCGAUCAGAAGACUGCUUUAGUUGCCAAUCAAGAUUUCCUGUGUUAAAAAAUUUUAAAAAUGGCAAGUUACUGACAAGUUCCCGUUAUCGCUGUGAAGAUUGUAAACAAGAAUUUUGCGUUGAUUGCGAUGUGUUCAUCCAUGAAAUCCUCCAUAACUGCCCAGGUUGUGAAUCCAAACCUGUAAUAUCUUAG